CAGAAUGAAGGACCGAUUCAAACAAAAGUACACAGCCGGAGCUGCCGUGGCAUAUAUGUCACGGAAACAAGCAUUGAAGAAGCUUCAACUUACACUGAAGGACUUCCGCCGACUUUGUAUUAUUAAGGGAAUCUACCCACACGAACCGGCCCACAAGAAGCAAGCAAACAAGGGUUCAACUGCAAAUAAGGUGUUCUAUUAUCGCAAAGACAUCAAUUUUCUCGCCCACGAACCCAUCAUCAAUAAGUUCAGAGAUUAUAAGGUGUUCCUGCGUAAAUUGAAUCACUUGAAAGCAAAGAAGGAAGAGGAUAAACUCAAGAAGUUGUACGAAAACAAGCCAGUCUAUAGUCUGGACACUAUCGUCAAGGAACGCUUCCCAACAUUUGGAUCAGCUCUCAGAGAUAUGGAUGACGCCUUGUCCCUUUGCUUCACAUUCGCUAUGCUUCCACAUACUCGUGUUCUCAAAGAAGGAAUGAUUGACAGUUGCCGAAAACUCACUGCGGAGUUCAUGCACUAUGUGAUUGAAUCGCAAUCUCUUCGCAAUACCUUCAUCUCGAUCAAGGGAAUUUACUAUCAAGCGGAGGUACAUGGAGAGAAAAUCACUUGGGUUGUUCCACACGAGCGUGGUCUUCCACAUGUCACCGAUGUUGAUUUCACAGUCCUCGUGACUUUCGUCGAGUUUUACAUUGCCAUGUUGGGGUUUGUCAAUUUCAAGCUCUAUCAAGACAUCGGACUCUUCUACCCACCACAGAUCGGGCAAGUCGUGAAAACUGAUGAAAUGGAGACUGAAGAAUACAAAGAAAAGGUGUACAGUUUGGCGAAACCAUUGGCUAAGAGAAAGGAUGUUGAGCAGGCUGAAGACGAUGAGCCGUUGGACCUUCUUGGUGAAGACUCUGAUGCACUCGCGCAAAAAGUCAGAGAAGCAAAAAGCAUCAAGACUAUGUUCAAAGGUUGCGUUUUCUACUUGAAUCGAGAGUGCCCAAAAGAAGCACUCACUUUUAUUAUUCGUAAUGGAGGUGGAAUUGUUGGAUGGGAAGGAGGCCCUACAGAUCUCAAGGCCGACAGUAAAAAUAUCAGUCACCACGUUGUCGAUCGGCCAAUGGACAAGCUGGAGGUGAAUAGACUUUAUGUACAGCCACAGUGGGUGUUCGAUUGUCUGAAUGCUCGCAGGAAGCUGCCUACGGAAAGAUACAUGCCAGGAGUAGCUCUUCCGCCACAUUUCUCACCAUUUACAUCUGAGAAGGCUGGAGACUACAUUCCGUUCGAAAGAUUGGAAGAACUCAGAAGCAUGGGCAAAGACGUGUCUGAUCUCGAAGCAGCAAUUCCGAAGACGAUGGACGAGUUGCCAAUGCGAAGAAAGGAGGUGAAACCAGAAAAACCAAAGGGUAUUCACAUUGCUGUUGGUCAAAUGCACAAGAAGAGCAAAGAGAAGUUCCACGAGACUGUCGAGAAGGGACAGGAGUUGAAGAUGCGCGAAUUGAUGAUUUCCAAGAAGCACCAACGAGUGUACCACAGUAUGAAGACCACGUUCAAACGCAAUCGCAACGACGCUUUGAAAUUGAAGAAGAAGGCCAAGUUGGCAAAGGCAACAGAGGCAUAAAUCAUAUGCAAGUUGUGUUCUCUCGUUUUGUUUUGUUGAAAUUGUUGAUUUUAUCUCUUUUAAUAAUCCAUCUUUGUUUUGUUACCAUUAUUAUGCCCAUUAUCAUUGAUAAAUGACGUUCGG